AUGGAAUUUCAGUCCGUGUUAUCUGCUGUUUAUAGCAUUUUCAUAUUGGCGUCACUAUUCGGGAACUCGAUGAUCAUCCACAUCAUACGAACAAAUAACUCCAUGAAAACUACCACCAACUAUUUGAUUUUGAAUCAGGCUUGCGGUGAUCUCUACCGAACAUUAGUUGAAUUAAUAAAUAUUGCCUUUCGUUCAAUGGGAAAUAAGUGGUUUGGAGGAUUCUUAGGUUUGAUAACCUGCAAGUUGUUUCUGGCGAACUUGUUUCUUCCAACCAUCUUUUCUGUUUGGAUUCUUGCAGUUAUUGCUGUUGAUCGCUUUUAUGCGGUGACUCGAACUAUGCGCACAUCGCCUUUGUCACAACAUUUAAAGAAGAUAGUUUUUACACUGUGGAUAUGGUCGCUAGCUUCUUCUGCAGAUGUUCUUAUUAAGGGAAGCAUGAAAAGGACUGGAGACCAUUUCGUUUGCCAUUUAGAACACAUCUUCGAACAGUGGAAACUAUUUUACUCUAUCACUGUGACUCUGAAUUUGUUCCUGCCUCUUGUUACAACUGCGUUUCUCUAUGGGAUUAUUUGCUCUAAAUUAUGGUCUCGUGAGGUACCAGGAGAAGGAACCAAUCAAAAUCGAAGACAAGCUGAGGCCAUUAAAACAGCAAGAAAAGUUACACUGAUGAUGAUUACGCUCGUGGCGUUGUAUUUGUUGUGUUUCUUUCCUUUUUACAUCGGAAUCACGCUGAAAUUUUUUGGUUAUGUGCACAUCAAUCCAAAUAAGUUAGCUUCAAGUCUGUUGCUAGUAGCAUUUGCAUACAGCGGAAUCAAUCCCUUUGUCUACUUCAUCUACGGUAGGAACUUUCGAAACGGAUUUAAAAAUCAUUGUAGAAAUUUCUGUAAGAGAUCACGGGUUGAUGUUGCUGUUUAUCAUUUCCGAGCUAAAAAUAUCGAGCUGCAGGAAAUACCGGUUGAACAACCCUAA